AUGUCUUUUCUAAUUAGGCAAUAUGUUCGAAGGGUUUUAACGCCGGCAAUUACCAUAUCAAAAAACUUCUCAACGACUGCAAUUUGUGCAUUUACCCCAAAAGUCCAAAAGCCAGCUCCUGAUUUUGCAGCAACAGCUGUUGUUAAUGGAGAAUUCAAUCAACUAAAACUUGCUGAUUUCUCUGGGAAAUAUGUUGUCCUGGUAUUUUAUCCAUUAGAUUUCACAUUUGUCUGCCCAACUGAACUGAUAGCAUUUAGUGACAAAGCAAAAGACUUUGCAAGUAUAGACUGUCAAGUUAUUGGCGUCUCCACUGACUCAGAAUUUAGCCACUUAGCCUGGGUUAACACUCCAAGAAAGGAUGGUGGAUUAGGAAAAAUGAAUAUACCACUAUUAGCUGAUUACAAAAAGAAAAUAUCUCAAGACUAUGAUGUUCUUUUAGAUGACGGCUUUGCUUUAAGAGGAUUGUUUAUAAUAGAUAGGGAGGGUAUACUAAGACAUAUGUCUAUCAACGACUUGCCCGUUGGUAGAUCAGUAGAAGAGACGCUCCGAUUGGUCAAAGCUUUCCAGUUUGCAGAUAAACAUGGUGAAGUUUGUCCUGCCAAUUGGAACCCAGAGAGCAACGCGGACACAAUUAAACCGAACCCUAAAGAAAGCAAAGAAUACUUCCAGAAUGCUAAUUAG